UGUGGUGUCUUAGAAACAUGUUGCGGAAUAUCGUAUUAUUACUACUGCUGUGCCUCAUUUAUUCUUUGGAAGCAAGUGAUUCCGACAAGUGUGUUACUGUGAAUGUUAAUAAUUUAAAUGAUUUGGUUUUAAAAACUUUUCGUCCAAAACCCUGCAUGACCGUAAAUAUAAACGGAUCUGGAAAAAUGGAAAUAUUAAGUUCAGACAAGUUCAAAACACCACUUUCCAACACACCACUUGCACAAGUGAGAAUAACCGGUGGAACAUUUUCCAUUGAUCCCAAUUUUUUCAAGCAAUACCGUCACAGUUUGGACGUUGUAACAUUAGAAAACAACAACAUCCCGAAGCUUGGCUACCACGUUUUCCAGGAUCUUAUUCUAAGACAACUAGAACUAAGAAGCAACAACAUUUUAUUUUUAUCGAAUCCUUUUUAUAACUGCUCUAUAUAUAACUUAGACUUAAAACAUAACAAAAUUGAUCAUUUAUCUGACAUUACUUUUUCUUACACAAGAUUAUUUCAUGUCAAUUUAGCCAAUAAUAGUAUUAGUAUAAUAGAACCCCAUUCUUUUCCCGACACUGUCAUAACUAUUCAGUUAAGCCAUAAUUUGUUGUCAAGCAUUGGUCAAAAUAUUUUUAGUAAUUUGUUUAAUUUAGUAUUGUUGUGCCUAGCGCACAAUCGUCUUGAAUAUAUAAAUUUCGAAAAGAGUGACUUAGGGAAGUUGGAGGAUUUAGAUCUUUCCUUUAAUUCAAUUAAUAAUCUGAAUCAAGCUGGUUUUUCAUCCCUCAGAAAUUUAAAACGCCUAAACUUGAGAAACAAUCAUAUAAAAUCUAUAUCCGCGACAAAUUUACAAACAAGUAAACUAAAAAUACUCGAUAUAAGUUUUAAUUUCUUUAUAAAUUUUCCUCACGCUAGCUUGCCUGAGUCACUCAAUGUUAUCUAUGUUUUUGGAAACCCUUGGAACUGUAAAUGCCUUUUUGACAUAGAGGAUUCCUUCUCUGGAAAUGUAGUAUCAAACACCAUGGACUGUAAGCUUUCUCAAAUUGUCAAUGCGCCUAUUUGUAUAUCAUAUGGAGGAUUGUGCGUCGACGAUAGAAAUAAUACUUUGAUUAAUGCAUUUUCAAAGGAAGUGUCACUAUACUCGAAUGACUGUAGAGACCUUCUUCAAAAUGUUAUAUUCGAUUACGAACAUUAAUUGUAUGACAUUACUGAAUUAUACUGUAUUAAUUCUCAAAUCGUGAUACUGAAUGUUUAAAUAGAAGUAGUAUAACAAUUUAAUAAAAUAAAGUUGCUUCAAAUUAUUGUGAAUAUUUAUAUGUGUUCGCUUAGUUUUAAAAUAAAUUUAUUUGUUUGAUAUAUCACAGAGAUAGAAUAUGUGUACUGUUGUAUGUAUGCGUGCGUCAAUAUUCGUUCAU